AUGGCGUGCGUAUCGAUCGGAGAAGCGAAUCCUGAUAUAGCUGGUCUAGGAAUACUAGUUGCUUUCGUUAUUCAGUCAGUCAUCGCUGUCAACGUUUCAAUCUACACAUUUGUCCUUUCAAGCAUUAUCCAACAGAGAUGGAAAGACGCAGACCCGGACCCAAGUCCUCCUAGCCACUUCGACUCGCUCCCAGCAUGGAUGCGGCCCCGGCUCGAGUUAUACAGUAGCAUUUCAUUUAGCGUAUUCAACAGCUUGCUUACAGCAUACGCAUCCAAACCAUCUACAGAUGAUCAGAAAAAACACGCUUCCCACCGGCGCAUGGCAGGAAGGAUAUGGGAGUGGGUCGUUGGGAAGCAACCCGAUCACAAGCGAGUACGAACCGAAAAGUCCAAGAUUGAAGAUGAACGCACGCCCACAGCUAUGAGAUUGGGAUUUGCAAACCGGAUUCUGUUAGCAGGUAAUGAUGCACAGACUUUUACCGGGAUAGCCUUGCUGAUCAGCGCCCUGGUCCAAGCUAAGACAAUGAGCUUUUACCAUAUGCAUAUCCUUUACGACGCCAUAAGUCUCGUAGUGAUCUCCAACUGCGCAGCAAGUAGAUGUAUUUCCAGCGACGGCCGUCUCAAAAGAUAUACCAGACAGUUGCUCAUCGUCAUCUGGGCCAUAUUGUUUAUAACCUACUUCAGCGUCUUUGCCGCCCGUCUGCAAUCCUGGGAUAACAACAUGCCCCUCCACUGCUACCGCACCAAGAACAUUUCGUACCCUAGCAACAAGCAUCCACGCGCAGACCACGCAUACAUCGGCGCCACAUUCGCAUAUACUGUGCUUUCCAUCGCAACCGCACUUUGGUAA